GCGCAUUUUACAACAAACUUCUCCGCACUUCGGUUCCUCUACACAACCUUAUUCGGGCUCAGCCCCCUAUGCCAUGAGGAGGCUUAGACUGGCUAUGAGACAAACAGAAAACAAAACAGUCAGGCAGAGACGAUAGGAACGCAGUCCUGGAAAGGAUUCAGAAAGGUACCAGAAUACCCACACUGCCACCAGCUAAGCAGUGGAUCCACGUUUUGCCAGUCAUCAAGGCAGCACACAAUGGCUCUGAACAUCCCAGGGCUGGUGGUAAUGGUGGUCUUCUACCUGAUGGUGCUGGGCACUGGUCUGUGGGCCUCGAUGAAGUCCAAACGGGUGCAGAAAAGCAGCCAAGCAGCCCGGACAGAGGUCACUUUGCUGGGAAACAGAGGGAUCAGUAUGGUAGUAGGAGUCUUCACAAUGACCGCUACUUUUGUUGGCGGGGGCUUUAUCGUUGGUCUGACAGAAGCAGUGUACACACCAACUAUGGGGCUGGCCUGGGCAGUCAUGCCAUUAACAGCAGCCCUGUCUUUUAUUGUUGGUGGACUUUUCUUUGCCAAACCAAUGAGAGAAAGAAAAUAUGUGACAAUGAUGGACCCAUUCCAGAUCAAGUAUGGAAAGUCAAUAAGUGGAGCUCUGUCCGUGGCUCUGUUAAUUUCUGAUCUAAUCUGGGUGACAGGAACUCUUAUCGGCUUAGGAGCAACAAUAAGCGUGGUCCUGGAUUUAUCCUACGCUGUUUCCAUUUGGAUCUCUGCUGCUGUAGCCAUCAUAUACACAUUAAUGGGAGGUCUCUACUCUGUAGCCUACACAGACAUAAUACAGCUAACACUCAUUUUCUUCAGUAUGUGGCUCUGUGUCCCCUUCACCUUAAUGAACCCCCACUCUAUGGACAUUACUAAAACUGCUUUCAACUUUACCUACCAAGCCCCCUGGAUUGGUUCUGUAGAUAAAGAAAGGCUAUGGAGAUGGAUUGAUAAUUUCUUAUUAUUGGCUUUAGGUAACCUUGGAUAUCAGGACUUCCACCAGAGGACUCUGUCAGCCUCCUCAUCAAAUACAGCCAGGAUCACCUGCUUUAUUGCAGCUCCACUUAUUUUUGUACUUGGAAUCCCAUCUGUGUUGAUUGGAGCAGUCGCAGCAUCAACAGAUUGGAACAUGACCAUAUAUGGCUCCCCAUCCCCCUUCAAGCGAGGAGACGCUGGUCAGGUUCUGCCAAUUGCUCUGCAGUACCUCACUCCAAACUACAUCUCCAUCAUUGGUAUUGGAGCUGUAGCUGCUGCUGUGAUGUCCUCAACAGACUCUGCACUAUUAUCUGCCGCCUCCAUCUUCUCAUCCAACAUAUAUAAGAGUGCAUUGAGAGGUGUAGUGUGA